AUGCAGACCCCGUUUAUACAGAGAGUGGCUGCAGCCGUAGAGCAAGAGUACCCGAAAGAAAGGGCAGACUCCUCGUGGGACAACACAGGCAUUCUCCUGGAGUUUGACAACACUGAAGAGUCUCUCCUCCUGUGCAUCGACCUGACCGAAGAAGUCCUGAGCGAGGCCGUGUCCGAGGGCAUAACCACAAUCCUCGCGUACCAUCCGCCCAUAUUCUCUGCAAUAAAGAAAAUAACCCGAGAAAACGUGAUUCUGCACGGGUGCAUAAACAGCCGAAUAUCCGUGUACUCCCCGCACACGGCACUAGACGGGGGAAAGAACGGGAUAAACUACUGGAUGGGCCAGCACAUCACAGGGCUCACGCACGCGGCAUCCUCCGGGUACGUGCAAAUAUACCGGAACGAGAGCACGAUAGAAAGCAUCCUAGAAGAGCUUGCAGCAAAACUCUCCCUCGACACGAUCCGGUACUCUCUGGGGACUGGGCACUCGCUUGCCUCCAUUCCGGAGGUAGUUGCAAUAGGCGCAGGCGCAAGCAGCCGGCCCAUAAAAAGGCUUGUUCCGGAGACGCGUCCAGCGCAGGCGGCAGUCCCGGGGGAAGAGGCUUCUCCCCUCCCGGAAAGCAGCAAAAUUCAGCUGGCGAUCACGGGGGAGGCCUCGCACCACGACCUCCUGUACUUCAAAAAGUGCGGGGUCUCGGUGCUCCUUCUAGAACACUCUCGCAGCGAGCGGGGCUUUCUCCAGGUGCUGCACUCGCACCUGCAGGCUGCCCUUCCAGGGGCACGCGUGAAACUGUCAGCGCAUGACAGGGACCCCGUGUAUUUCUACACAAAGAGCAAGUAA